GAAACAGGGACUGGAAAGUAAACAGGGAUGGGAAAGUAAACAGGGACGGGAAAGUAAACAGGGACUGGAAAGUAAACAGGGAUGGGAAAGUAAACAGGGACGGGAAAGUAAACAAGGACGGGGAAGUAAACAGGGGCGGGAAAGUAAACAGGGACUGGAAAGUAAACAGGGAUGGGAAAGUAAACAGGGACGGGAAAGUAAACAGGGAUGGGAAAGUAAACAGGGACGGGAAAGUAAACAGGGACGGGAAAGUAAACAGUGA